AUGUCGAGCUGUGACCGGAUCGGAGUGGCCCCUGCCAUGGACAUGCCGGAGGUCCUCAAGUCCCUGCUCGAGCACUCUUUGCCUUGGCCAGAGAAGAGGACAGAUAAGGAAAAGGGGAAGGAAAAGCUGGAGGAAGACGAGGCCACAGCAGCCAGCACCAUGGCCGUCUCAGCCUCCCUCAUGCCGCCCAUCUGGGACAAAACCAUCCCGUACGAUGGCGAGUCUUUCCACCUGGAGUACAUGGACCUGGAUGAGUUCCUGCUGGAGAAUGGCAUCCCCGCCAGCCCCACCCACCUGGUGCAGAACCUGCUGCUGCCGGUGGCUGAGCUAGAAGGGAAGGAGUCAGCCAGCUCCUCCACGGCCUCCCCACCAUCCUCCUCCACCGCUGUCUUUCAGCCCUCGGAAACCGUGUCCAGCACAGAAUCCUCCCUGGAAAAGGAGAGGGAGACCCCCAGUCCCAUCGACCCCAACUGUGUGGAGGUAGACGUGAACUUCAAUCCUGACCCUGCCGACCUGGUCCUGUCAAGUGUGCCCGGCGGGGAGCUCUUCAACCCUCGGAAGCACAAGUUUGCUGAGGAGGACCUGAAGCCCCAGCCCAUGAUCAAAAAGGCCAAGAAGGUCUUUGUCCCCGAUGAGCAGAAGGACGAGAAGUACUGGACGAGACGCAAGAAGAAUAAUGUGGCAGCUAAGCGGUCCCGGGACGCCCGGCGCCUGAAGGAGAACCAGAUCACCAUCCGGGCGGCCUUCCUGGAGAAGGAGAACACGGCCCUGCGGACGGAGGUGGCGGAGCUGCGCAAGGAGGUGGGCAAGUGCAAGACCAUCGUGUCAAAGUAUGAGACCAAGUAUGGGCCCUUGUAA